UCUCACUGUAUGUGUGUUUCCUCUUACUGUGUCUGUGUGUCCACUUCCUUCCUUAUUUCCAACUGUUACUCAUUUGGAGAAGAGUGCUGCUUUCCCCUCAAACAGAAUUUGCACAGGACAUGAAAAGAUGGCAGUAGAAACACAGAGCUGUGAUGAAGAAAGCCUUAAACAGUAGAUGCAGUUAGAUAUUUUUUGUAGCUGAUCUGAGUUUAAACAUUUGUUAGUAGGCAACAAAGGUGGGGUGAACACAACAUUAUCAUUGAUCGGGACCACAAUGCUGACAGGACUUUGUGAAAGAGAACGUCUGUCCCAAGUUCAUAGGGUAAGGAGAUGUGUUACUAAAGGGCUCUUCCUGCUGAGCGGCAUCUUCAGUGCCAUCUACCUUAUUCCAGGCUGUAAGGCUGAUCCCUGCUCCCCAAAUGUGCUGGCCAGUCGGAAAACAAUAUACAUACCUGAAGGACAGAGUGUGUCUCUGUCUUGUGAGAUCCAGCACUGUGGGGACCUUGGCUGGAAGGGAGGAUGGGGGAGAUACACAGAGAACACAUUUACUCUUCUUGGACCAACACCAAGGCAUCUCCUCUAUAACAAAACACUCUUGCAGGAAAGUAUAGUGCUUUACAUGAAAAUCCUUAACACCAGCCGCUUGGACUCUGGGAUUUACCAAUGUAGGAUUAACUGGACAAACAACCAAAGCAGUAACGGGCACAUAACAUACAUGAAUAUCACUGAGGCCACCCCAGCAGCUGGUCGGAAGAUCCUGACGCGGAUGCUAGUGUGCUCAGGGGCUUUGCUGUGCUUCCCAGUGGUCCUGGGAGUGGCUCGCUGCUUAUGUCCCAAAGAUACUCAGUCUACUGAUGUAGCAAGUGGUAGACCCAAAACAGAGGUGGUCUAUGCAGCACUUGCUCUUGAAGCACGAGGCAGAGCCAGUAAGCGUCAACCUCCUCCAUGUACAAUAUACUCUUCCGUCCAAAUCUUGCACCCCAAUGCCUGAGCAGACUGUGCAGAACCCUUGGCCAUUGUCCACGCAGCCUCCUGCCGAAACAUUGACAGCAUGCUAACAAUAAGCCAAUGUGACCAGCACCCAUCUGUAAGAGUCAAUCCUGGACAGAGGUGAUCUGCAGGAGACUACAUAAUACAACGUGAUGUUGACCAGCCUUAUUAAAUGGCGACCUUAUAAAUGCAAAUAGAUGUCUGAAGGAUGCCAGUUCAUCUCUGAUAAACCUUAGCUGUUGUUCCCUUCAUUAAGGUGCCUAACAUUUAUUUCCACAGGAAGACAUUUUAAUAUAACACAGCAGCUUUAGACAAACUGAUGUAAAUUUUCAAUGUAAUACAUACUCCUGCUUCCAAUUAUAUCUUCAUUAAAACAAUAGUAAAAUUUACAGGAAUGAGUCUUUACUAUAGACUAGUAUUACUCCCUUGGAAUGUACUGAAGAGAACACUGGGUAAAAUUCAGAACUGGGUGUUAAGGAAAGUUGUUCUCUGGUUGGUUGUGGUGACAGUUUAUGUAGGACAGGGGUCAUAAACCUAGAACUCAAUGACACAGUAAAUCAGUUAACUAAGCAUUGUUACCCUGUAGACCAGGCAAGUUGACUUACUGUCAAAAGUUAAGCCAUUUAAGCCAAAGGACAAAACUGGAAAACAGAGUAGUCUAUAAGGGCAAGAUAAACAGGAUGCAUUACUACAAGGUGAAAAAUUCAAAUGUUAUAGCCCAAAACGACUUUCACACUGGAGCAGGAUGAUCCCCAAUGCUUCAGUAAAUGGACGAAGUCACACAAAAAGACUUCAACUAAGACACACACAUUUCUUUGGAUGAUGACCUCUGCUUAGUAAAUA